ACAUAUUAACACAAAGCCUGUCAAAAAUGCGUCAUCGCUUACCUUAAAAAAUAAAUCUUAUAAAAUUACAAAUUAGUUUCUAAACAAAAAUAAUUGAUUGAUAAAACUGUGAAAAUGCAAGAAAAUCCAGAACUCUACGAAGAGGUCAAAGUAUUCCGCAAUGCCCGAGAACGUGAGAAAUAUGAUAACAUGGCUGAUCUGUACGCCAUCAUAAACACCUUACAAAAUCUGGAAAAAGCUUAUAUUCGAGACUGUAUCACACCCCAGGAAUACACAGCUGCGUGCUCCAAGUUCUUAGUACAGUACAAAGUUGCAUUUAAACAAGUCCAAGGUGAUGAUUUCCCCACAGUCGAUACAUUUGUGAAAAAAUUCCGGCUAGACUGUCCGGCUGCUUUGGAGCGCAUCAAGGAAGAUCGCCCCAUUACUAUCAAAGAUGACAAGGGCAACACUAGUAAAUGCAUCGCUGACAUUGUAUCGCUUUUCAUCACGAUCAUGGAUAAGCUUCGACUGAAAAUUAAGACAAUGGACGAGUUGCAUUUUGAACUUAAGGAUUUAGUCGAUACCAUGAAUAGAUUGUCUCUUAUUCCAGCCGAUUUCGAAGCAAAGGCUAAAGUAGAAGGAUGGCUAGGAACCCUAAAUGAAAUGCAGGCAUCUGACGAACUGACCGACGGACAAGUUCGACAGUUUCUUUUUGACUUAGAGUCUGCAUACACAGAUUUUACUAAACUUCUUCAUAAUCAAUAAGUAUUUUGAGUUCGGUAGUUUGAUAUAUAUAUACAUAUUCUAAAUAUAAUUAACAAUAAAGAUGAAUUUCUGUUUUCUUUAA